GGAUCACCCGGUGCCCCAACGACGAACCAUGCUUGUGAAGGAGGUCUGUAACCGGCGAUGUAUCCUAACAUCGGCCGGACUGCUGCUGCUCGCCAGUGGCAGCUUCUUCAUCCUGUUCUUUCCGAUCAUCUUCGAGGACAUACUGCACGAGGAGUUAAAAUUGCGGCCAAGUUCGCGGGGGUACGAUGCCUGGGUGUCGCCACCGUUCCCGCUGGCGAUGGAUGUGUAUUUCUUCAACUGGACCAACCCGGAAGACAUCACGAACCAUUCGACGAAACCGAUCCUCGAGGAGCUCGGUCCGUAUCGGUUCAUCGAGCGGCCGACAAAGGUGGACAUCGCGUGGCAUGACGCCAACCACACCGUGAGCUACCGGAAGAAGAGUGUCUAUCACUUCGACGAGGAGGGGAGCAAUGGCAGUCUGGACGAUGUGAUCAGCAGCAUCAAUAUAGUGGCCGUGUCUGCGGCGAAGAAAUCAAAGUACUGGAACUAUCUGCGACAGAAGGGCGUUUCGAUGGGCUUCAAGCUGUACGAUCAGCAGAUCAAUGUGGUGAAAACGGCCGGCGAGCUUCUGUUCGAUGGCUACGAAGACAACAUGGUGCUGAUGGGCAAACACUUGUUCAACGACGAAGACAUUCCGUUCGAUCGUGUCGGAUGGUUCUAUACGCGUAAUAAUUCGGCUGAUCUGAUCGGUCAUUACAACGCGCACACGGGCGUCGACGAUAUCAACAAGCUUGGCACGAUGGGCGAAUGGAACUAUCAGCCACGGACGGACUUCUUCGAGGGAGGCUGCGGUAUGCUGAACGGCUCGGCGGGUGAAUUCUAUCCCCCAGGGCUCUCGAAGGACCGGCCGGUAGAGCUCUUUACGCCCGAUAUGUGCCGCAGUUUACCGCUCGAAUUUGAGCAAGAAGUUACGGUGCAUGGCGUAAAGGCGUACAAGUACGCUGGUGAUCGGCGAGCGAUCGACAACGGCACACUCUUUCCCGAGACGGCUUGCUUCAGUGCGGGCGAAGUAGUCCCCUCCGGGGUGUUAAAUAUUUCCUCCUGCCGCUACGGGACACCCGUUUUUGUGUCCUUCCCGCACUACUACGGGGCCGAUCCGUUCUAUCUGAAUCAAGUCGAGGGCCUGCAACCGUCGAAGGAGAAGCACCAGUUCUACAUGUCACUCGAACCGACCACCUCCGUCCCGCUUGAUGUUGCCGCACGCCUUCAGCUGAACAUUAUGAUUGAGCCAUACGAGAACGUUAAUAUCUUCGCCGACGUCAAGCGUGUAUUCUUGCCCGUUCUGUGGUUCGAGCAGCACGUCUUGAUGCCACCGGACCUCGUCGGUGAAAUCGCCUUCGCCCUUACCGUACCAUCCAUCGUUCGGUUCGCUGGAAUCGUAAUGGUUGUCUGUGGCGCCGCAAUGCUGCUCUGGAUGCCACUGGAACGUAUGCUGUGCCGGAGGGGACGCGUUGCGUCCGCUAACCGACAUCAGGCCGCAACCCAUAACGGAAUACAUUCCUUCACCAACGGGGCCGAUAAGUGUUUGCUCCAUUCGUCGGAGAAAAACGGUAAACCGACGACGAUCGUCCUGGUCGAUAGGCUGCUGGUGGAAAAAGCGGAAAAACAACCGCUUCCGGACUGUGUCACGCUGCCCGGGAAUCACCCAGCGAUCGAACCGGAAAGCUUUCCACUGAUCGACACAAAGGGUACAACGAUCGUAAAGUCAUGAGGAAGAAGUUGGGUAACAACGGGGACAGUCGUGCAUUUUGACGCACCGAUAUCGGUGGUUUUGUACCAGGGUUCCUAGAGCACGUUCCGCGUGAGCACGACCCAAGAGCGAUAGUAUGACUGAAUCGAUCGGAUGAUUGAUAGGAUUUAGUGAAAGACACUACCGUAAACAUUACCACAUUAGAACGACAGCAAGUGUGUCCCGGGGAAGGGAGAAUCCUCAUUACAGUAGCAGCUUACCACUUGGCCGCA